AAAUUUGAAUAUACAUAUGUAUAGAAGUUUAAAGGUAUUCCUGUGCAUCCUGUUUUAUCGACCGAGUAAAGUACUUAUCCCUGAGCACUCCUGAAAGUGCCUGAGUUACUGAUGAAUCAAUAUCUGCUUUGCAGACAGCGCCACAGUUUUAGAACGUGACGGGGUACCAGCAUCUGAGCAGGGACAGUUAUAUUUUGCAAAUGGCGUACUGAACAGUUGAUUAUUUCGUGUGUUGAAAAAUACUAUGAUUAAAAACAAUAAGUGAUUUUUUUAUCAGUGAAAAGUCAGAAAAUCAAGAUGGAAACAAUAUUGGAACAACAACGGCGUUAUCAUGAAGAACGCGAGCGGCUGAUGGACGCAAUGGUUAAGGAAAUGCUACACAAGAAACCGGGGCACCGAGAAACUAUAAACUCAGAACAUCGGCUGAAAAUGCUUUUGGACCAGCACAUGGAUAGCACUGCCCAUUUACAAGAUCUUUACGAGGACAAGGAUGGCCAAAGAAAGGAUGAGGUUCAAGCUCUUUCUGGACCAAAUGAAUUUUCUGAAUUUUAUUCACGGUUGAAAUCAAUUAAGGAAUUCUACCGAAGACAUCCCAAUGAAAUUAGUGUUCCAAUGUCAGUUGAAUUCGAGGAACUGGCCAAAAUGCGAGAAAAUCCAACAGAGGAACUCGCGAACCUCGUAGAAUUUACAGAUGAAGAAGGAUAUGGCAAAUACUUGGACCUCCAUGAGUGCUAUGAGAAAUACAUUAACCUCAAAGGCAUUGAAAAAGUCGAUUACAUUACGUAUCUGUCAACUUUUGAUCAUUUAUUUGACAUUCCGCGAGAAAGGAAGAAUGCAGAGUAUCGUCGCUAUGUCGAAGCACUUUUGGAAUAUUUGACAGAGUACUUGAGCAGGGUCCGCCCUCUCCUUGAUUUGCAUGCUGAAAUUGAAACGGCUAAUAGAGAAUUUACAACACACUGGGAAAACAGUAGUUUCCCAGGGUGGCCCAAGGAAACUGGAAGUGCACUGACAAAUGUUGGAGCACAUUUAGAGCUCUCUGCCUUUUCAUCUUGGGAAGAACUUGCUUCCUUAGGUUUAGAUAGACUGAAAUCUGCUUUACUAGCUCUUGGAUUAAAAUGUGGUGGUACUCUUGAAGAAAGAGCCCAACGACUUUUUAGUACAAAAGGUCAAGCUUCAUUGGACCCUAGUCUUCUAACAAAAAAUAAACCUGGAAAGCCUGGCAAGGGAAGAGAUGUGGAAAAACAGAGAGAAAUUGCUAUGCUUGAAGCACAGGUUUAUAGGCUCGCGGAACUAGUAUCUAGCCAGCGCGUUUCUACAAAAGAAAAUGUCCAGAGAAAACAAGCUAGGACUGAAGGUGAACGUGGAGAUUCCGAUGCUGAGGCUAGCGCGAGUGAGUCUGAAGAAGAAGAUGACAAUGAAGUUCCAUACAAUCCAAAAAAUCUGCCCCUAGGUUGGGAUGGCAAACCCAUUCCGUAUUGGUUGUAUAAGCUCCAUGGACUCAAUAUUAGCUACAACUGUGAAAUUUGUGGAAAUUUUACUUACAAAGGGCCAAAGGCAUUCCAAAGACAUUUUGCAGAGUGGAGACAUGCUCACGGAAUGCGAUGCUUAGGAAUCCCAAAUACGGCACAUUUUGCUAAUGUUACACAAAUUGAAGAUGCCCUUGCUUUAUGGGAAAAGCUCAAGACACAGAAACAAUCAGAACGCUGGCAGCCAGAACAAGAAGAAGAAUUUGAAGACUCUCUUGGCAAUGUUGUCAAUCGUAAAACUUAUGAGGACUUGAAACGUCAAGGACUUCUUUAAUUUUUGGAGAAAUAGACAAGCAUUUCCAAAGUGAACUGAUUAAAAUCAAUUGAGUUUAAAUCUUGAGCUCAGGAAGAGGAUAUGUUCCUUUUUGAUAUAACAUUGUAUCCCAUUGUAUCAACUUAUCUUGAAGAUCAUAAUAAAAGUUAUAUCAGAUAA